CCCAGGGAGGAAGAGGAGGAGGAGGAAGAGGAGGAGGAGGAGGUGACAAACUCUGCAGCCCCGCGCGGCGGCCGGCAGCCCGCGGUCAGGCAUGCAGGCGCGGCGUCUCGCCAAGCGCUCCAGCCUGGGCAGCCGCCGGGGGGGCGCCGCGCUGCAGGCGCCCGCCCGGGAAGGCGCCCUGCCCGGGCUCCCGCCCGCCGCCCCGGGCCCGGCCCCGGAGAGCUGGAGGCCGCCGCUGCCGCCGCCGCGCAGCGCGGGGACCGGCCCCCCUCGGGCCGCCGGCGCCGUCGCCGCCUCGUCGCCGGUGCUGCUGCUUCUGGGGGAGGAAGAUGAGGACGAGGACGGCGGGAGCAGGCGGCGGAGAGGGCUCGGGCGGGUGGAGGAGAAGCCCCGCGGGGCCGCGGAGGAGGACGAGGACGACGAGGAGGACGAGGACGAGGAGGCGGUCGUCGAGGUGGUGGACGGCGACGACGACGACGAGGAUGGCGAGGAGCGCUUCGGGCCCCUCGACCCCGGCCGCGCGGUGGCCAAGGGCCCGGCCCGGGGCGCGCUGAAGGUGGGAAGCAUUAAGCGGGAAAUGACCUUCACAUUUCAACCAGAGGAUUUAAAACGUGAUUCUAGUAAAAAAAUGUCUCACCAACACUUGUUCCCCUUGGCCAUGGAGGAAGAUGUGAAAACUACAGACACCAAAAAAUCCAGCCGAGCCCUUGACCAUGAGAAAGAAAACACUCGCUCCAUCUGUCUCCUUGAGCAAAAACGGAAAGUUGUCUCUUCCAAUAUUGAUGUCCCUCCAGCAAGGAAAUCUUCAGAGGAACUGGACAUGGACAAGGUGACAGCAGCAAUGGUACUAACCAGUUUGUCCACCAGCCCUUUGGUUCGAAGCCCUCCGGUGAGGCCGAAUGAGGGCCUCAGCGGAUCCUGGAAGGAGGCGGCCGGCGUGCCGUCCAGCAUCGGCAGCAGUGGCUACUGGAGCUGGAGCGCCCCGAGCGACCAGUCCAACCCGUCCACGCCGUCGCCACCGCUCUCCGCCGACAGCUUCAAGCCCUUCCGUAGCCCCGCGCCGCAGGACGACGGCAUCGACGAGGCCGAGGCCAGCAACCUGCUCUUUGAUGAGCCCAUUCCCAGGAAAAGAAAGAACUCCAUGAAGGUGAUGUUCAAAUGCCUUUGGAAAAACUGUGGGAAGGUGCUGAGCACUGCAGCAGGCAUCCAGAAACACAUCCGGACGGUUCAUCUGGGACGUGUUGGGGACUCUGACUACAGUGAUGGAGAAGAAGACUUUUAUUACACUGAAAUCAAGCUCAACACAGACUCGGUGGCAGAUGGACUGAGCAGCCUGGCCCCAGUUUCACCCUCCCAGUCUCUGGCUUCGCCUCCUACUUUCCCCAUCCCAGAUUCAAGCCGAACAGAAACUCCUUGUGCCAAAACUGAGACUAAAUUGAUGACACCCUUGAGCCGCUCAGCUCCCACCACCCUCUACCUCGUGCACACUGACCAUGCUUACCAGGCCACGCCCCCCAUGACCAUUCCAGGAUCGGCCAAAUUCACCCCCAAUGGCAGCAGCUUCAGCAUUUCUUGGCAGUCUCCUCCAGUUACCUUCACAGGCAUUCCAGUGUCACCGACGCACAGCCAUCCGGUGGGCGCAGGAGAGCAGAGACAGCACACCCACACAGUCUUGUCCUCCCCACCCAGAGGGACACUCAGCCUAAGGAAGCCCAGGGGAGAGGGCCGAAAGUGCCGGAAGGUGUACGGGAUGGAGCACCGGGACAUGUGGUGCACCGCCUGCCGCUGGAAGAAGGCCUGCCAGAGGUUCACCGACUGAGGGCCAGGGCCUCCCUGCCGCAGCCGUCACUCCUGCCCGCGCCUUCCGCUGCACGUUUGGGAAAGUGCUUUUCGUUCAGAAAAAAAUACACUUGAAGCCCAGGUAAAGCACUUCCAGGAACCUUGGUGGAAAUACAGCAAAAAAAAAAAGGUCACAAUCCUCAUGAUUCUUGCUGAAAAGGCCACCCAGAGAGGCUGUGACUGUUUCAUUUCCUUGAGACUGUUUCAUUUCCUUGAAAAGUCAACUUUCUUUGCUGUAUGUCUAGAUCUUAAAACUGGACUUCUAUAGCAAUUGAAUCAACAAAGCCCAUUUUACCUAGAAAGGAGGUGUAUUUUGAUAAGCUUCCUGAAUAAUGCCAUUUCUGAGAUUUUUUUGACACUUAAAGAAAAAGCUGCAUGUUAUGCAGUAGCAUUUGUACAAAGAACAAUACCUGCUUUCAUUGUGAACAGUCUUUUCCCUGUUUCCCACCCGACUUCUUGCAGCAGCACACAUGGGACAUGUGCCAGAAAGUGUGGUGCUCAUGGGUAGCUUUUCUAUGUCUUUUUUGUUUGUUCACUUUGUUUUGAGGAAAGGUCCCAAACUGAACCUAGUAGCAGAGCUAGUAGCUUGAAGGGUCCCGGGUGGCAUAAGGCCGAAAAGAGAUCACCAGCAGACUUCAGCCCCUAGCCGAGUCAGGACGUCCAGCUGUCACUGGUGGGGAACAUCUCGGAGUCUUCCGGAGACUUACCAGAAGCCCUUCCUGCAGGGGUGGCAUGGCUCCCUCCGUACCUGCCACAGCUCAGUCAAGAACUGGCACGUGGAGCCAUCUGGGUAAGCCUCCAUGCUUCUUUCAGGGAUCAGUGCAAACCACAGCUCGGAUCUCUUUGCCACUGCCUGUCUGACAAAGUUGUUGCCAGGUUACUGGGCAUCCAGCCUUCCUGCAGAAUUCCACCCCUGGAGUGACUGGUUCCAGAAAAGGGUGAGAACUCUGAACUAUCCCAGCAGGUUUGCUGUAGACAGCAGAGCACAGCCUCAUGUCCCCUUCUGUUCAGAAAGACAUAUGAGGACAGCUAAGGAACAUCUGUUCUGAGCGCACUUUUAUAGGUUUUAUGCUUUAGCAUGUCUGGGAGAUGGGUUAAUGAACAAUAUAAUAAUAUGGGUAAAUGCGAGAUCCAGACCUUUAUUUUUCUUAUGGAAAUGUUGGAACUACUCAGUAAGAAUUCACUCAGAAGGGAACAUACAGAACACCAAAAGGAAAAUGCAUGUUGGUAUAGGAACCUCUCAAUUUAGUAGGGCCAGGGCUUGCACUGUUGCAUUUAUCAGGCUUUCUAGGCUGGUAGGCUUCUUGUCUGUUUGUUACUAUUUUGGUGGUAUGGUGCGGGGAGAGGGGAGUAGUUGUCAAGUCCUACAAAUAAGCUCAUUCUCUAUCUACCCUGCUCUCCCACUGCCCUGCAAAGAGUGAUUCCUCCUAUACCUAUGCAAAGAAGUGAGAGCACCUUAUAGGAUGCACUGUGUUGAGAAGGGGGGCCUAGGAUCAGCCAUAGGAAUGGUAAAUGAAAUUGCACAGAGGAAAGCUUAAUAUAUGUUUAGAAAUUGUACAUACAUUUUUAAAUAAAAAGUAGAAAGAAGUCACCUAGUAAUAGUAGAAAUACACUUUUUUAAAUAAGUGAGGCAAAUAUAAGGAGGUGCUACUGUGUUACAUCUAUGAUCUGUGCAUUCCUAUAUUUUGGCAGUUUUGUUUUUGAAGCUCUCACAUGAAUUUUUAAACAUUAUUCCUUGGAAGAGAUCCUAUUUUCCACCUUCAUUUAUAUUUUUCUUUAAAACAGUUAUUUGAAGAGAGCAGGAAAAAAGUUGUAUUUAAUUUCACAUUAUAAUUACUGGUCAGUACUAGCCACAGCACUAUGGUCAGCCAGGAAAGGGCACGAUUUUAGUGCGGAAGUGUAUUUGCAUCUUCUUCUGCAGCCCAUCGUUUCUCCUCCCCGGUGUCCUGUCACUUCACCUACAGCACCCUCUAAGAGGUGAUGCUCUGACCUGGUCCAGGAGGCCUGAGCUAUGGGUGGCUUGCCUAGUGGCCACAUUGAGUCCAGGGCUGUUCAACCAUUUGAGCAGUUUCACCAUGUGCUUAAGUGAUGAUUGGGGUGCAAUCCUGGAGCAGAGGUUUCCUCAGUAACAAAGCUCCCUGGCCCUUGAUCCUUGGAUUAAGUCACUAAUCAAAAGAGAUUGAAAUCAUGAGGGGCUAAAUCUAUAUAUCCACUGCCCCCCAGAACACAGGGGCCAGAGGCAGGAGAGAUCUUUGGAGCAGUCCUGUAGUGAGGCUGUGGCUCUACCCCCGGGAGAUGCGGCCAGUAGUUAGUUUUGAGCUCUGGCCUGGAUAGCCAAACUUGGUCCUUAGCUGGUUUUCAGCCACUGCACAGCUAUAAGCAGAAGCACAGAGCUGAACGCAGCAUCCCUGGGAUUUCUUCUCCUUCCUCACACCUUCUUUACAUACUCUCUUCUGCCUCUCCUGCCCACAUACGAGCUCUUUUAUGCCAACUCCUCUCUGUGUACCCUCUUCUCUGGCUUCUAGGUGUGUGCAGACGAUCAGUACCUUCCCGCACACACAGAUACCCAAUCCCUGUGUAAGGCACAAGUAACUAGGGGACCACCAAGCUUUACCAGGCUGGCCUUGAAGGAAAGGGGUUAAACAUCUUGCAGGGCACUCGGAAAGGUAUGAAUUGUAAUAUACAGUGCUGAUUGUAAAAGCUAAAAUUAACAACAACAAAAAAUGUAGAGCUAUUUUGUUAUACUUUGGAACUAAACGAAGUGCCAAAUUAAGCCCAACAUUCAUUUUUAUGCCAUCUCUUCGGUACCACAUUCUUUCCGUCUUCCUUUGACCAGGGGAGGCAGGAGAGGCGUGGGAAGGGAGGCCCUGCCUAUCACAGGGCUCUCGGAGACCUGUCUGUGCAACAGGAAAGGCAAUACAAUGGAUUCUCAUCCCAAAGUAUUUCUAAGUAUGGCAUUUUGUAGCAUAUAGACUUUUCUCUCCCUCAAUACCCCUUCCUUCAGAAAAGAUUUCUCAUCUCUCUCCAAAGAAGACUUUUCAUAGUGAUGGACAGGCAUUCUCCAGAUAGCUGCAAAGCAAAGAGUGUUCCCAGGCAGAAGUUUUAAGCUUUAGUCUUCCCCACAUGCACCCACUUUGUGGAAGACAGUGUGACAACUUGGAGAAAACACCCAAACAGCAAGUGGGUAGAGAGCCAGAGAGGAGAUACGAGAGGCAUGCGGGCACCUGGCUCCCCUUCCUCUUCCUAGUACUGGCGUGGUGACCGCCCCUGUUCACCCUCCAGGGGCUGCUGCCUGAAGCAAGGAAUGCGCUGCCUCACCCCAAGGGAAGCAGCUCAGGGACGCCUGGCUGCCCUGCACAGCCCUGGUGCACACGGACUUCUCCACCACACUUGCUGGAAAGUUCCCUCCCUUGGUUGGCAAAAGCGGGUAUCAGGAAGAGGGCAAGUGGGCAUCUGACCAGGAAUGCGCGCAUUCAGCUGCGAAGUGCCUGUCAGCAGCCCCGUGCGCCUGCACAGUGCCGUGUACUGGACGAUUCCUUGUCUGGACGAGAAGGUUCAAUAGAAAAUCAUGCUUGUUACAGUUCUUGGGCUUUCCAAACACCUUUUAAAGAAAUAGCUACAUGUAUGCUGCAAAAGAUUUCUGAAACUGAAAUGCCCUCUACCAAAUUUCAAGAUGGAGUUUAAGUUGGCUGUCUCUGGUGUCACAGGGGAAGCCCCACGUUUGAAACAGCCCUGGGGUGUGAAUCAGCCGGCACUGUGGAAUCCAUUUCCUCCUUCAUCUGAGUUCAUUGGAAAAUGAAAGUGCAGCAUUCAUUUGAGAAUGUUGUCAGAAAAGUGGCAAGAAUUGUACAUACAGGAGAGAAUAGUUUGAGAACAGUAGCAAAAUACUGUAAAUAAUACUCAUUUCCUCAGGGAAAAAGAAAGGGUAUGUGAAAAAUAGAUCUGGACAGUCCUAAGACUAGAAAGACCUUUAUAAUCUCCAGAGUCUUUCCUAGUCAGAACAGUUCUUUUUAAACGAACAUGGUAUUAUUUUAAGACAAAUUUACAUGAACUGAAAGUACCGAUUUUUGAGAUGUGGAGGAAUGCCCUACGAGAAAGAGCUGUUUCUUUGUAGCUGACAUUUGAACCACAGGCAUAGUCCCUGGUGGGUAUUCACAGACUCAUGUAAGGUUUUUCUGAAUGUAAUUGUGAAUCUGAAGCCUUGGUAUUCCUUUUUUAGAAUCACCCAGUUAGAUGACUGGUUAUUAGCUAUAAGCAGAAUUCUGUAAGUGAAAGCCGUUAAAAGACAUGCAUUUUGCUUUAGUAGCAUGUUAAAGAGCAAACUUCAUGGACUUUUGUGGACAAGGUGCUGCUUUUUCUCAUGACCCUAUAGAAGUUCUAUCGACCACAUCAACUAUAGUGUUGCCCUGUCUGAAGGCAGGGAAGAAUUUGUGCAUACAAAUGAGUGGAAACAGAGCAGGAUUCAUGAAUAUGGAUGAGGAUGUGGAUCAUUUUGGAGAAUGCACUGGGCACACGGGUCAACUGGAAAUUUCACUUCUCUAGGAAAAUAACCCUACCAGCGGCACACACUCUCCCUGUUCCCACACCUGUGGAGAUUCCUCCAUGUAGGAACUGUGUGUAAUGUCUUUUUGCAUUGUAACUAAUCAAAAGAAAAGUCAGUUUGCAAAAAUGAGAUUAACAUUUUUAGGUUCCGAUUGGGGCACUAACUAGUGCACACCAACAGAGCAAGAAAGUAUAAACUGUAUUUAAGUAGGACUGGUUUGCUUAUUGUGACUGACUUUGAAAAAGCCCAUAUCCAAUGAUAUACGUGCUUUAAAAGGUGUAUCUAUCAAAGGACCAGAAAUCAAAAUGAGAAUUUUACUUUCUGGUCCUAUUUUGUAAAUAGCUCCUUUUUUCUUUUUUUUCGAAGACAAUCUCAUGUUUUAUAACCUUUCUUGUGGGUCUGCAAAUCACAAUGGUAAUGUGUUGUGUCAAAAUGUAAUCUUAAAUACCAUAAUAACUAUAACUUAAUUUUCCAAAUAAGACAAGAAAUAUACUGCUUAGGCUUCUACCAUUCUAAGGGACAUGACACUUUUAUAAUAAACAUUAGUACUUCUCAAGUUAACAGAACUGGAAAUAUUUUACAAGAUGCAGCCUUUUGUAAUCACAAAAACAUGAACAUUUUGUGGGAAAUGACCUUGGUUUUAUACAUUGUAGCUUAUUUUUUAAAAUACAGUAUUUUGCCAGACAGGAAGUGUCAAUACUAUAAGCAAUUCCUGCUCUCCAUACAAAGGGCUAUGCCUCUUUUAAGCAAGCGUUUUGAUGCAUAUCUUUUCAAUUAAUCCUCUGCAGCAAUGGUAGAAAUGCAGAUCAGAUGGAAAGAUGAUUACAAGAGAAUCGAGAUGGCAUCAGCUUCUCCUUUUAUCAUUAACAGUGUGUUUUCAAAGUAUUGUGGGAAAAAGACACUUUAAGAAUCAUCCUAUGGAUCUUACAUCCUAAAAAAAAAUGUUAAUAGAUAUGCUUAUAGGUAAUGGGAGAAAUAUUGUUCUAAAUUCCUCAGUGUAAAAUGAUAGAUUCUGUCAUGAACACAGACUUCCUGCUCAACCUAGCAGUACCACAGACCUGCAUUUAACUAUCAAGUAUCAUUUGGUGGAAAUUUCUAAAAUCAUGAUAUGUAAGCCCAAAGAUAGAAUUCUUAAGUGAUCAGUGGUAUUUAAAAUAAUUUUGUCCUCAGCAGUAACUAAAUAAUUUCCAUAUCAGAACAAGUGCUUGAUUUUUCAUGCAAAGAAUUCAGACCUGCAAGGUUGAGAUCAGAAAGUCACUGUAUUCCCAAGAGUUGGGAAACAAGAAAGGGAGCCAUGAAGAGUUUAUUAACUGCACAAAUAAUUCUGAGCUUUGCCAAAACCAUUGCAUAAUGCUGUACAGUUUUUCCUAGCCCACUCACUGUUAAAACAAAAAAGCCUCUUUUCUUUCUAAGAAUUUAAUAAUUCAAAAGCUCGUCUAAUUAGCCAAGUACACAGAGAACAUCAAAAGGAAAGCUGGGAUAGAAUGGCCAUACACCCAUUGGGCAAUUCCUAUGAGGUGGUCAGAGCGUUACUCAGACCUUGACUUCAAAUAAGCUUGAGCUUUUGCACACAUGAGGACUAGAAAUGCACACGUGUAAAAAACAUGUACAGCCUCAACUCCUGGUCUCUGAGAUGAGGCAGUCUACAAAUAUCUGUCUUCAUGCCCUUGGAGAAUCUCCACUUUUAGCAUUAAAAUUCCCAAGAAGUGUUUAUUCUAAAUCUUUAGAACUAAAUUUUGCAUGAGUCUUACUUCAUCUUUAAAUAGAACUUAACUAAUAAUAAAUAAGAGAUGCCUUAGAAAGGCCAGGCAGGUUCUGUAAAUGAACAAUUCAGAUCAAGCAAAAGAGGAACUAGAGAAUGGUAGAGAUCAUGGUGAACCACAGAACUCAUGCCCUUUGAAGGGGGGACCAGCUCUAGACAAUCAGAACAAUGCAGAAAUCAGGCCCAGGGCUGCUAGAUUUUCUGACUUGGAAAUAUGAUGCUACCUGACCAUUUAAGUGUUGACAACUAACUCAAAUUCUUGGCCAACACUGUGCAGACCAAAGAGAACCUGGAUGUGGGCAGAUGCAACCUUUGGCUACCAGUUUCAGCUUUGGAAAGAGAAAAUUCCACAUUCCAUGGCCAUCGGGUCAGGGUCCUCCAUCAGCCCCACAAACUCAAGUGUUGGCACUAUCAGGGCAACUAAAAUCAAAGAAGGCAAGAGGUCAGUUCUCCCCAGAAAUUGUUCUUAUGGAAGACUUGAAUAUAGAAAUAUAAUUUCCUUAAAUUUGUCUUGCCUCUGAAAUAUUAUCCAUCUCUCACUCUGCCUCCUUCUCAUGUGCCCAGACCCUGUCACAAAGCAUUGGAUAACUUCAUCCUAACUCCCUUACUCUUUUCACUACCGUGACCACUGUGAUGAGGGGCUGGCAAAGAGCAGCCUUGUGCCUUCAGAGAAGACAGCACACAUUGCCUCCUUGUGCCAAAGCCCUUUGCCGACCCCUCCACACUCCUUCCCAUUCCAUCCUGUCUCAUCGGUUUUUGUUCCAGGGUAAAAUUUCCAUUGUUUCACCUCUGAUAGGGCAAAAUCCUUGCUUCAGAUCUGGUAGGUGUUUAGAGUAUCCACUAAUCUAAAGAUGGAGUUUUUCUACAUAGAAAAUUUCAGCAUCUUUGUCUGAAAGCAAAGACAAAAUGGAAAUAAUUGUGUCAUGGAAAAAAUUAGAAGCUGCUUCCUUCAUUUGGAAGGACUAAGUUAUUCUAUGUCUUACACCAGAGACCUGAUGGUGUUGGGAUAACCCUUUCACAGAUAUAGUAAAUGAUGUCUCUUUCAGAUAUAUUAUUUCAUUUGACCUUACAAGAAACCAGUGUAGAAUAGGAAUAUUUAGGAUCCCCAUCACUCACCUCCAGAGGAGUCUUGAACCUGUGAGUCAGCCUCAUCACUGCCUGCGAGGAGGAGGACAAGGGCUGCCUCAGACCUCAGUCUUCCCGAAAGACCCUAGACCUGAGAAGACCCAGGGACUCACUCAUCAUGUUCUCCACCCAUCUUUCAAUCCAGGUCUUUCAGCAUAGAAAUAAUAAGCCCACCCAUUCAUGUUGUCAAAUGCAAACUUAAUCGCCUCCAGAUGUGCCCCUUUCUGGCAGCCAGCAUGGCCGUACUCCCCAAGGUACAGCCAUCAUAGUGCUUGAUUAGAAGAGCUUAUCAGCUACUGUGAUGUUCUGAGUAAACAUUUUUACUCCUUGGGAAAAAGUUAUUUUGCUGCAAACAUUCAACAUGUAAACUAAAAUUAAUGCAAGAACAUUUUAAAACAGCACAAAUUUACAAUUUGUAAUGAUCAAAUCAAAAAAUACCAGUUGGAACCCCCUGGCAAUAUGGUUAAGUCAUGUUUCAAUGUGAAUGCAUUUUAAACACCUGUGGCAAUGCCUGAACUUUCUGUCACUGUCCAACACAUGAAUGGGUUUUAUCCCACCCUUCUCCUCAUUAGCUUACCAGGUUUCACACCUUGUGUUUAAGGAAAAGCCACUCGCAAGGAGUUUAAUCAUGGAGCUAGAAGGGGCCAUGGGGCCUGCCACCUAGUUCAUUAACAGGCUUUUUGAUGAAUGAUACAUUUAUUAGGUUUUUAGACUGAUACAGUGCCAGAAGAGAGAACGGUUGAGCACUUUGCCCGUCUACAGGAAUGAAGCCUUUUGCAGAGGUUAGCACCAGUGCUGUGAGUGGCAGGACUUAAAAAGACCCCAGCUUUAUGGAACAACAAGGAGAGCUACCAUUCCAAGAUAACUAUAGACUUUGAAAGGAGGUGAAGAUUGUGAAUUCAAUGUCUUUUAAAAAUGUUCUCCCAGGACUCUCUUGUCCCCUCCUGGCGUGAGCUGGGAGCUCUGUCCUCUCACUUUAUUUCUAAAUAAAAGCCUGUACCUUGCUCUCCUUAAAAAAAAAAAAAAAAAAAAAAAAUGUUCUCCCAUAUUGGGUGCUGUCCAUGUAAUUAUUAACUGCCAUUUUCCAAAGAAAAGAUCCCCUUUAUUUAUGGUAUGAAAAUGUAAAAAAUUAAUUCUAAAGUCUAACUAUUACAUUUACUUCCAUGGGGCAGUUCCCUAAGUUUUCAAUUCAGAAAAUUAGGCAGACCAGAAAGUAAAAAGGCAAGAAAGCUGUCACUAAAGAACAAAAUUGUCUUUUUUUUUUUUUUAAAGGUUGCUUAUCUAUUUUCUUCUGAAUUCUCUCUGCAUCCCUGACUAAAUAGUUGUGAAUCUAAACCACAUUCUCGGGGAAGAAGUUGAGCUUUGAGAGAGAACAGUCACUAUUCUGUUUAUUAGUCUUGUUUCCCCCAUCUUGGCAACCACCUCGCUUUUGCUAGAGAAAUGUUACUCUCCCCCCUCUGUCCUCAUCUGCCCAAGCCAGAGGCCAUGCUCUUAUAAUGCAUGUUCCUUUCCAAAAGCUCCAGAUUAAACUUCUUUGCUUCUGUGCUGCUGAUUUCUCAUACUUAUAUUACAGUCCAAAGGGACAAAUAUUACCGUGCCUGGUAUGUUAGGCUUAGUCAGUGAGGCUCCCCUCUCCUUCAGGAAACAAUGUCCACCUGUCUGAAGGUUCUGAUGAUCAUAUAGAGAGUAGGUCAGGCAGCAAACAGCCUGCCACACUCGUCACAAAAGAUUUGGGCAGACCCUCUCCUAAAGAACGGCAGGGCAGACACGUAACCCUUUCACUUGGACUCACAGCCCGCAUGCCAGUCCCCUGCCUUGCUCGUGGAAAGUGAACCAACACGGAAGGACAGAGAAAGAGAGCUUCACAUGGACUUGCUCCAGUCCCUGACCUCUGCCCACAAUUGUGGAGCGGGAAAACUGCUCCAUGGGGCAGUUAUUUUAACUUUACACAAAGAGAAAAUUCCACUCGGCUCCUAUUGUUAAGCACUCAUCCCUCACCCCAAUUUUCUUUUGGGCACAGAGGCCAUGACAGAGAGGAAAGAUGUAGUUUUUUGGGCCAGCAGCUCCAGACUUGGAAUUACCCCUCAGGGAUCUACAGUGUAGCAUAAUCAUAAACUCCCUGCACCCACCCCUUCAAAAAAGGAUGCCUCACUUUGCAGAUUACAAACCCUUGCUUUGCUUUUUACACCUUUUUUUUCCCUAUACACUGCUAAUUGGAAAUCAAUGACUGUGACUUGACCAAGCCCUGUGAUGACAGCAAAGCCCCUCUUCCAAAGUAUCCUGACUGGGGGACCUCCAUGAUCACUGGUAGAAAGCUUUAGAACAGACUUGGGUUUUUAGGGAAGAACUCAAUAAGCCCCAAAUGCACUUAUUCCAUGACUUCAACAACAAAAUGCCCUGGGUGUAAAAUAAUCCAGGAAUGUGGAUCAUAUAUGUUUUUUUAAAUGUCAUUAAUAUUUUCCUACAACAUGACCUAAAAAGUUCCUAUUUUUAUAAUUAAUGGUUGGACAAGGGUCAGCCAUUUAAGCAUAUGCUCUCUGGAAUACCCAGACACUAGUAUAGUUUCCAAAGUAUUUCGUGUAUCAAAAUCUAUAUACUUAGAAGAACAACUCAGGAUAAGGAAAAAAUUGCUAGGUCCCAAAGGGUUCAUGACUAUCAUCAACUGCCAAGUGGCCUGCGGUCAUCUUUUUCAAAUGAGGGGACUGGAGGAGAGAAGAGCCAUUAUCACAAAACCUGUUGCCCUUCGUCCCCAUCAUAAGGUUUAAAAAAAAUUCUACUUUUUAAAAUCAAGCCGUCUUUCAAAUUAUUUUCUACACCAAAUCUAAAAUAUUAAAGUGAAAUUAUAAAAGAUUUUAAAUGGGGCAUUUGGGAGCAAUUCUGUCAGUAGGAAGCACAGUUUCUGGUGCCUAGCAAACAAGUAGAGAGACAGAUGGAUUGCAAGGAAAGCAACAGGCCCCCCUCAUGAGGCGCACUGAAAUGGCAGCACUGGGCACAAGUUCAAAAGCAAUGUGGCAACGUUAUCCAGUUUUUAGAGAUCUCUUGAGAUACCAUCUUACCACCACUGAGGUGGUGAGCAGUUGCUUACAAAAAGUCUUUAAUAGUUGUGAAUGAAUGUAUACAGUUGCGAACUAUGCAUUUUCAAAGAAUAACAUGUAUUUUGUAUUGAAUCCAAGUAAAUUUUUUCCUAGAGACUUACCACCACCACCACAAAUUAUUCAAUAUGAACUUGAAUGUGUAUGAUGAUGAGGAUGUGGGACUCCCAUCUAUGGUCUUCUAGCCGAUAUUUGUAAGACAGCGCAUUGAAACUUAAAGCUCUAAAUAAAUUCAGACAUUAAGGUGAAUAAAUAGGAAAUGGUUUAUAUUUUACUUGUUAAGCAGAAACGGGAAAUGUUGGCUGUUAGAAAAUCUGCCCACUUUUUCCGGGGUGGAUGUUCUCGUAACACUGGAUUAACAAGCAAACAAAAGUUCAUAAAGUUAAUGAGUACGGCACCAGCUACACACAGCGUAGGUUGUGUCUCUUGUGUUUAAUUCUCAGUCUAAGAAAAAUAAAACUAUUCUCCAAAACAUUUGGGUUAUACAGUUUCAGAGAACAAAAUAUAAAAAUAUUGUCCAGCAAUGCAAAUCAUUGAUCCUUUUUUCAUAAUUACAUGGAGAUAAUUAUUUAUAUUUUUGGAAAGUCCAUAUAAAAUAUACACAUUUCUUUAGUCCUCUUGUUGCUUUUGUAUUUCCAUGAAACUGUCUUCCUUAAUCAUUUAUCUUUGCUCCUUAAUCAGUACUUUACUACAUUACUCAGCGUGAACAAUGUUGAAAUAAAAAACUCCAUUUCUCUGCCAUUUCGGUUCUCUUCUCUGUCCAUUGAGAAAGUUUCUCAAAUGUUUGUAGGGAAAAUAUGGAAAAACAUACUUCUAAAUCUGGUACUUACAGUUAUACUGGAUAUGUUUGCUACCUAUUUAGAAGUUAUUGGGGGUGGGGAUGUGUCCUUUUUUAUAUGAUUUUUAGCCAAAUUCAGAUGUUCUGAUACUACAUUUCUGAAUACCUAUCUGACUGUAAAUACAGCCUGCAGAUGUUCAGGCGAAUAAACCUUCUACGUGACUGUUCCUCAGCCAUGCUCCUUGCCAGCUUUUGGCACAUUUGUACAUAGAUUUGUUGAAUGUUUAAAUGAUACUGUUUUUCUAAAUGCUGUUCUCUAAAACAACUUCUUGAAUGUUUUUUGCUUUCCAUCGUUUGGGACUUUGUGUGUUGGUUAAAAAAAAAAUGUUUCCUAAAUAUUGAACACCAGGAAAAAUAUUUAAAAUAAACUGGUGCUAAUUGAAACAGAAGAAAAAUUUCUGAUUGAAGAUUUACAAUAUAAGAAGUUCACACCAGUUAAACUAAACUAAACUGCACUUUUGCGAGGGAAGAGCUGCCAUCUACCUGCAAUGGGCAUCAGGAAGACCACUGAAUGUUUACAGUUUCUGCGGCCCAUUUAAGUGUAAAAUAAUAGAAAUGGCACUGUCCCCCCAGAGUGGAGGAUUUGCUAUGUUGGUUCUAUGGAAGCAUUUAAGUAGAAGUAAAGGCUUAUAGUAAGAAUCACUUUAGUAAUAGUCUUCUGAUCUUUGGCCUUUCACAUUCUGUAAUGCUUAGCUGUGACAAUGAAUAUGGUGUUGCCAGUCUAGUCCGACAUCGUUGUUGACCUGUACUUACUGUGCAUAUGGUUCUACUUUGGGUUGCCCUGGGACAUGCAGAGCCAGAACACUGGAUGGACAUUCAGUAAGACCAUUCUGACUUCUACAGUGUACACACAUGAAUUUAAUGCAUUUGUAACUGGCUGAUUACCAUGAAGUCUAACUCCACUUAAUAAAAGUUUUUGUGUAUCUGCUUCU